AUGGACUACAAAGCUGGAACAAGUCUGGUCAUGGACGCCUUCAACGAAAACUACCAGAAGAUGAACGACAAAACACCCGACGCCCAACUCGAACAUGCGACAACAAACACCCCGGGAAGUCCAACAGAAGAUGAAAAGCGCUUCCAGAUCGCUCCAUGGAAGUUGGGACUCUUGAUGCUCGGUAAUGCCCUCGCGGUUUUCUGUGUGGCUCUGGACAAUACAAUCAUCUCCAAUGCUAUCCCAGAAAUCACACGGAACUUCGAUUCGCUUCAGGAUCUUGGAUGGUACUCAAGCAUCUACUUCUUCACCAACUGUUCAGUCGUCCUACUCUUCGGCAAGAUCUACACGUAUUACUCGAUGAAAUGGACAUUCAUCGUGGCACUCGGGUUUUUUGAAGUCGGGUCAGUGAUUUGCGGUGCCGCGCCCUCCUCAGUCGCCCUCAUCGUGGGUAGAGCCAUUGCUGGACUAGGUGCUGGAGGAGUCUUGCCUGGUGCUAUAUUGAUAAUCAGCGAGAGCGUGCCGCUCCAGCGACGCCCGCUUUUUACUGGCAUCCUCGGGGGCAUGGGCGGUAUUGCAUCGGUUGUUGGGCCUUUCCUGCUCAUUUUCUUCCCGGCCAUCUUUUGUCUGCUUCUGGGACUUCAGUGGGGCGGAGCCAAGUACAAUUGGGGUAACGCGCGCAUUAUUGUCCUAUUCGUUGUUUUCGGCCUGGCGACGGCAUCUUGGAUAGCUAUUCAGUUUUACAAGAAAGAGCAAGCUUCGGUCCCUCCGCGCAUAAUCGGCAACCGGAAUGUUUGGAGCUCUGCUUGGUAUAUGGUGUGCAUCAUGGGAUCCUUCAUUGUAGUCCUCUACUAUUUCCCUAUAUGGUUCCAAGCCGUCAAGGGCGCCUCGCCCAUGAAGUCAGGCAUCAUGAUUUUACCAAUCAUCGUUGGACUCAUUGUCUGUAUGACAUUGGGCUCGAUAUUCGUGAGUGUUAUCGGAUACUACCAUCCGAUCAUGGUAGCCGGCAUGAUCGUUUCAACUGUUGGCGCAGGCCUGUGCACUACACUUGAAGUAGAAUCCGGCUCCGGCAAAUGGAUUGGAUAUCAGGCUAUGUGUGGCCUGGGGCUUGGAUUGGGAUUCCAGUUACCAUUCAUUGCCGUGCAAACCGCGCUGCCGAGAUCUGACAUUCCUGUGGCUACGGCUGUCAUCACUUUCGCCCAGAAUCUGAGCUCGGCGGUGAUAGUCGCCAUUGGACAGACAGUUUUCCAAAAUCGACUGCUUGUUCAUGUCGCCCAGUUUGCUCCGACGGUAGAUCCGAAUGCUGUUGUUCAUUCCGGCGCGGCGGGUUUGGACAAACUGUUUCCCUCCAAUGUUUUGCCCCAGAUCGUCCGUGCGUACAAUGCCGCUGUUACAGAGACAUUCUAUGUAGCAACAGCAAUUGCUGCACUGUCGAUCUUUGGCUUGAUCAGACUGGAACAGUUGUCGGUGAGGAAGAAUGGCGGGGAUGAGAAUGUGGCGGACGCCCUCUCUGAGAACAGCAAGCAAGGGUCUGUGUAG